GCAGAAAGAAAGAUUCUUGGGCAGUAUUUCCCUAAGUCGUGACGGUGCAGCAACUCGUGGAUACAGCAAUUGGAUCUUUGCUUCAGCAAAGCUGGACUCUCUUCUCACAAUCCUCGAACCUCGAACAAUAACUAAUCAACAACACAAACAAAACAAACAAAACAAACAAACUCUACCACAACAAUGGCGUCUACCAACACAUCAGUCAUCGUCUUUGGAUCAACUGGAGCAAUUGGCACCAGCCUUAUCGAACUCCUUUCCAAAGAGCAUCCGGAUUGGCAGAUCAAGGCUGUGACCCGAUCUAUCUCUUCCAAGAGCCGUCUCGCGGAGAUGGGUAUCGAAAACGUUACCAUGGUCGAAGGUGAUCCUUUCUCGAAAGAAGACGUUCUGUCCCUCACAAAAGACUGUGAGAAGAUCUAUUGCUGCGUUGGUUUCCACAAGUAUGAAACCAAAUAUUGGGCCGUCAACUGGCCCCUUGUCGUCGACAAUCUGCUCGCGGCUACAGUGGCGGGAGAUCAGAAACGCCAACUCAUCUUUUGUGACAAUCUGUAUGCCUACGGUCCCGGAAGUAACAUUAGCGAAAAGACGCCCACGAUUCCACCGUCACUCAAGACAAAACCUGCCAUUCGCAGCAUGCUCCGUCAAAACAUGCUAGAGCACAUGAAGGCUCAUCCUGGAACACUCACGGUGAUUGGGGCCGCCGACUUUUUUGGUCCCCACUUGACAGAGACAAGUUUGUUGGGAGACCUGACGACGGGAAAAAUCAUGGCCGGAGAAUCACCCAUGGCGCUGUGUUCUGCCAGUGUGAUUCAUGAUUUUUGCUUUGCUCCAGAUUUCGCCAAAGCAAUGGCUAUUGCCAGCGUUUCCGAGAAAGCAUAUGACAAGUUUUGGAUUUGCCCCCACUCUGUGCAUGGCAAGACAAUGACAGAAAUUGCCAAUGACAUUGCCAAAGUUGUCAACGGUAACAAGGCGCCAGAAAAGCCUGUCAAAGUGACGGCGCUACCGGCCUUUGCCCUCGCAAUUUUGGGCGUAUUUCAAACUCUCAUGGCUGAGCUGUAUCAAAUGAGAAACUUUUGGAACUCGGACUACACCAUUGACGAUUCCAGCUUUCGCCGCGAGUUUGGUGUGGAAGCGACGCCUUACGAUGAAGCGUUGGAUUCUGUGGUUGGCUUCUACCGUCAAAAUCAAAAAGUGGAGAAGUAGACACGGAGAAAGUGUUCUUUGUGUUGUUUGUGUGAAAGGAGCUGCGUGUACUCUAUUUGAAUUUGUUGAAAUAUAUACGAUUACUAAGAAACGAUUUGUCUC